GCCCAUCAUUUUUCCAUACCCGCCCCCCGGGACAUCAUCAGUGCAACCCAUCAAUAGUGGUAUGAUUGUUACUCGGUAUGUGCAAGUAUGAUUUCGUGCCUCGUGUAUCAGACCACGAUCAACAUUUGAACUGGUAGGUCCAAGUACAAAAAGGUGAGCUUCAGUACUUUGCAACUCUUUCCUUGUCACUACGAUAUUCAUCAUAUCAAUCCGACAUUGAAAUACAUCUUUUCGACAUCUGAUAUAUUAUACAUACCUGCAUCGAUCACCUCAAAUUCCAGUAAAAACAUACACCACCACCACAAAUCAACAACAACCCCCAAAAUCUCAAAAAUCCCAAAAUCCCAAAAAUGAAUCCUCUUGUUUGGAAGGCAUCGCCAGUAUCGGCAUCGAUGCAUACACUCCAGUACGCCGGCUUCUUCACGUCGUUCCUCAUCCCAGCCGGCCUCUUCUUGGGAUACAUGAGAGACCCGGCCAGUGUCGCCGAGGCGAGGAAAAGAUCUCAACGGAGAGCACAAUGGAUGAAAUAAAAAUUUCCCUCCAGAGACGAGUACUACACCAGAAAUCAUAAAGACGGCAUUACCACCUCUCACCCGCUCUAUGCUUAGCGGAGAACACUCCAGGGAGACUCUCUUGUACAGUCCGAGUCACUAGCUCAUGGGAUGCUUGACGCUAUCGGGGCGGUGGGAAAGAUGUAAAGACAUACUAGACAAUUUGUUAUAUUAGCGAACAAGUGCAGCAGGGACAGCAUUGCAAUGAAAGAUGGCAAACGGCGCAGUUUUUGAGAUUUGGUCCCAAGGUAAUUGAGAGUUGCCUCUCUUACCUGGGACAUGCACUUUACAAUGAAAUACGAUGGGCUUUCGAGUCUACAAUUUCACAAGACAAAAAAGAAACCCAAGUUUCUUGUUCCCUAUAGUUACCGUGUCACUAUCUACAGCUUGUGAAUUACUCUCUGUGUUUACUUGCUGAUUCCAAAAUCUUAGUGAUUUGUCCUCUCUUUCCCGAUCCGCCCGACCGGGAUCCAGAGCCAGACAACUCGCGCCGUCUCCGUGUCUGAUGGUGGCUCCCUUCACAACGCAAUUUCAAACAUUCAAUCUGACGGUCCACGAGCAGCAUCGUCAAAGCCUCUCGCCAAGGCGGAUCCUCGACGACAUGGCCCCCUCCGCUUAAAAGUCAGGAACCUCAGGACGAGUGCUGUUUCGCCUUCUUCAACUCUCGCUUCAGCCCGCCCAGUCCGGUGGCGGCCCUGAACAAGCCGUCGGUGCAGCCCUUCCAGACGGUGUUGGCGAGGAGGACGCAGUACAUCGUCGUCGCGAACGCACCCCUCCAGAUCCACUUGGGCGUACCGAACCACCCGUCCAGCAAGUCCGACACCACGCGCUUCGCGUACUUUUCGCCGUCCAUCACCAGGGUCCGGGCGUCCUCUCCCUUCAUGUGCCUCUCGAACACCUCCCUCACGGGCCCGUAGAUCGACCCCUCGGGCAGCGUGUACGUGGUCUCGAACUUGGUGACGUUGCUCUUGACGCCGCCCGUGACGAGCUCCACGACGCGGACGUCGAACGGCUCGAGCUCCACGCGCAUGCAGUCCGUGAGCGUGGCGAGGGCUGCCUUUGCGCUGGCGUACGCCGUCGCGGGCGACUUCAAGGCGUGCGCCGAUUGCGACGUGUGGUUCACGAUGAUGCCCUGGGAGUGGAUGAGGUGCGGCAGGAGGAUCUGGGUCAGUUCGAACUGGGGGAAGACGUUGAGCUCGAACAUGCGGCGGAACUCUUCGGGCGUGGUGUCCGCGAACGGCAUGACGAUGUUGCCGCCGGCGUUGUUGAAGAGGAUGUCGAGCUUCGUGACGCCGGAACAGAGGGUGCGGAUCGACUCUGUCGACAGCAGGUCCAGCUCGCGCGUGUCGACCCCCAGCGAGGUCAGCCUGGUGAGUCGCGACAGAGAGCGCGCAGUGGCGAUGACAUGGAAGCCUCGUCGAUGGAAUUCCUUGGCCAACUCUUCACCGACGGAAUCCUCAGAGCACCCCGUUAUCAGGACCGUUUGUCUGGAGUCCGCCAUGUUGUGUCUCGAGCAGGCUUGCAAUCGAAGUACACUGGCUAUUCCCCACAACCUGGAGAUACAAGAGAUUCUGGAAAGGGCACAAAAACUGAGUCUUACUUGCCAGGCGGGUAGACCUUCUUUUGUCCUGUACCAAAAAUUGGGACGCCUGAAGAUUCCGAAUAUGUAUUCGCUUGCGAAAACUCACUUGUCAGACAGACGCGCAAUCAAUGAACAUCAAAAGCACCAAGUCACUCGCCCUUGGAGGAUGGAGACCGAGUUCAAAGAUAUAUAUUAUUCCAGGUUGAGCGUGGUUGCAAGAUCUGGACUAUCGAGCUGGUCUACUCCGUGGUCUUCAGGGUAUGACUGUGAGUUAUCUUCGUAUGUAUUUUACCUUACCUGGGUACUCCAAAAAGGCUUUCGCCGGACACGCGGUCUCUCAGUGCACAAGAGCUCUUCCAUUUCCCCGACCUGGGCAGGCAUUCAUUUUAUACUGAAACCCUCGUCCUUGAAUCCCUACCUCUCCAGAGUCGGGGCCUAUGGAAUACCCUGUGGGUAGUUUGCGCAUGCCGAGCUACUUAGGGCAGCUAGUGCCCAAGACACAAUCGUCAUCCCGGAAUUUGCGCCCCGCCAACGCACCUACAGAGCCAAGUUCACGUGUGAUCAGAACGCCCCCGCACUUUGAAAACUUUUUGUCCUUUGAAUAUUAAAGGGCUCAAAAAAUCGACACAUUCAGGCGGGUGGCGUGGUGUAAUGGUCAGCAUGUAUCGUUGUGGUUAUUCAUCGUACAGCUAUUCUUUGGCCGUAUAUCAUGGUGUUUCCCAGCUCCGAUCCGAUCCCGGUUCGAUUCCGGGCGCCGCCACAGUUCUAAACGUGGUGGUGCUUCGCCUUGUUAUUUUUAUUGUUUUUGGUUUUUCUUCCCGUAUUUUUUUGGACGUGCCUAUGCUUGCCAAUCCCUUUUCUGGGUCAAGCAAACGCAGGCAGUUAUAUAGGAGCGCGUUCCAACAUUCAAUAUACAUACGUAUAUAUGCCGUGAAGAAAAAUGACAAUGCCUCUGCAGUGUUCAAUGGAAUUGGCAGUAGAUGUAUUCAAGGCAAGCCGCAGACGCUCUUGACUCCUCAUUUGCCACCCCCGACAUGAGUUACACCGUACGGAGGAUAGAACUCGUCACUAGAGAGGCUUCAAGUACCGUCAGGCUUUUGGAGUACUGCUAACAAUGUUCGGGAUGACUUCAGGUAGAGUCGGGAUUUUUCCGACAUUGCUCACCAAAACCCUCACGCAUCGGAACGGCUGUCGGCACCCGGGGAUCGGUAAUUCGAUUCAUCUCAUACAUCAGUCCCGAUAAUGACCACGGCUCCCUGAAUGUCACCGCUCUCUUACCAGGAUCAUCACCAUCUUCUGGUAUGCACGUUGCAAAGGAAUCAGCCGAGUAGCUGGACCCGUGGAGUGGCAUCCUUGAACGAUCGGAUUGCGCGGGGAUCGCUGGCACCGCUUGAAGUAUAUAAUAGUCCUCUGUCCUAGAGGCAUUCCGUCAGUCGUGGUCGCCGAGACGACAAUGUCUAAUAGCAUCGAACGACUCUCGAGCAUAUCUAGACAUCUGAGUACACCUGGUCAUCCUCCGACUUCGACAAACAUGAUGAAACCCAGGAAGAACUUUGAGGUCGCUGUCGUUGGCGGUGGCAUUGCAGGGUUGACACUAGCCAUUGCACUGUACCACCGUGGCGUACCCAUCACAAUCUACGAACAAGCACCACAGUUUGGUGAAAUAGGUGCCGGCGUGUCCUUCAGUCCCAACGCGGUCCAGGCUAUGAAGGUCUGCCACGAGGGUGUGUACAGGGCGUACGAGAAGAUCCGCACGAGCAAUACCUGGCCGUCCAAACAAAAGGUCUGGUUUGAUUAUCUCAACGGCCUGGCAAAUCCCCCUGAAGGCCGCAAAGGACAAGAUAUAGCCUUCACGAUCAAGACCAAGAACGGCCAGAGCGGUGUACAUCGAGCAAGGUAUCUCGAUGAGAUGGUGCAUUUGGUGCCCAAAGACAUUGCUCGAUUCGGCAAAAGGUUGAAAGCGGUCGAGCAAAACAGCAAUGGUAGACUGGUCAUGGAGUUUGAAGAUGAGACAUCGGCAGAAACGGAUGCUAUCAUUGGUUGUGACGGUAUCAAAUCAACGGUGAGACAGAUUAUUGUCGGCCGAGACCACCCUUCUGCGCGUCCAGUGUAUACACACAAGUAUGCUUAUCGGGGCCUGGCCCCGAUGGACAAGGCGAUCGAAGCGAUCGGUGAAGAACUAGCGCAGAAUUCAUGCAUGCAUAUGGGCCCUGAUGGCCAUGUCUUGACAUUUCCCGUUGACCACGGUCGAACGCUGAAUAUUGUUGCAUUUCGAACGACUCCAGAAGAGUGGCCAGAUUUCAACAAGCUCACAAGGCCUGCCAAACGGGAAGACGCCCUCCGUGACUUUGCUGAAUAUGGAACCAACGUCAUCAGUUUGUUGAAAUUGACGAAACCAGAUCUUGAUGUCUGGGCCAUCUUUGAUCUUGGAGAACAUCCGGUUCCUACCAUGUACAAGGGACGCAUCUGCAUCACGGGAGAUGCUGCACAUGCAACGUCCCCGCAUCACGGUGCUGGCGCGGGUUUCUGCAUCGAAGACAGUGCCGUCCUUGCCGAACUCCUGGCCGACGAGAUUGUCCGAGAGCCUCAAGAUCUGGAGGCCGUGUUCGCGACCUUCGAUGCCGAAAGGAAAGACAGAGGUCAGUGGCUGGUGCAAGCCAGUCGACAUAUCGGCGACUGCUACGAGUGGCGAGCAAAGGGUGUCGGAAGGGACUUCGACAAAAUCGAGUCGGAGAUCAACAGACAGAACGCCAUCAUUGGAGACUUUGAUGUUCCGGAAGCUUGCGAAAAGGCGAGAGCGGAGCUUCAUAGAAGGCUGAAAAGCUCAUAGGGUUGCCGUCAAUUUUGAGACAGAGAGGACAACGACGAGGUGGUAGCAUUGUGAUCCAAAUUCAAAUUCAGUCCAAAAUAGUCGAGGUCAGGGAGGUGUUGUCCAAACCAAGCAUCUGAUAUGUCGUCAACCCCAUACGUUAGAAAUGGACUGAAGUUCAGUGUCGGAAUGGCAUCCGCAUCGACGUAGUUCGCGGCGUAUGCGGGCUGCAUCUCGGUCUCUUGAGCACUGUUCCCCCCCUCAAUGGCUCUUUGAGACGAACGAACAUGAGAAGAGAUAUUUUUAGGGUUCAGUUGAUUUUGGGAUAAGGGUUGGGAGCGAGAAGCUCGAACUCUAAGCUUUUGGAGGGCCCGGAUUGCUUGAGGCGCAGAGAUGAUUUGCUCUUCAUAGUGUUUCAAAAUUCGUAGGCAACGGUCCCAACUUACU